AUGACUUCUUACCCCUCUCCUUUUCAAUCAACAUGGCCCAACGUCAAAAAGUAUCAGACGUCAAGCGUCGAGCGAAGCCAAACAUCUGAAAGAGAGCACAAGCCUCGAGGCGUCGAGAAAAAACAACCACGGAGACCUGUCCGCCGAAGCGCACGCCUAAGCGCACGCCUGGGUCAGAAAUCAUGGGGCGGAAACGCGCAGCAAAACCAUCCUUAUACCACUCUCAAGGAAAAGCCAAAUCCGUCUGCCUGUCUGCAGGCUAAAGGGCUAAAAAGGAAGAGACUCCAAGAAGCGGAAGACUUGUUCUGCAUUCCAGCCAACCAAUUUCAAAAGCGACCACGAACAUCUACCGCUGCGGACACAGCGGAUCAGGAGGUGGCACUUGGCGUCUACGAUAACAGGAUUAAUCCUAUCCAUUGGUGGACGCAGAGCGGAGUCUGGCCCAACGAAUACUUCCAAGAGGGUUACAACAUGAGCCGUCUACUUGCACGAAAGAAGCUGACAUCUUCUCUUCGCCGCAAAAAGUCAGAAUCUAGUUCUGCCGCCAGCUCUACCGCCAGCUCUACCGCACCCAGCGAUCAAAAGUCAAGGGAAGAAAAGAAUGCUCAAUACAAGAAUCCGCGCUAUGAAAUCCUGCUUCAAACCAAGGGUAUCUUUAUGAGGAAGUCGGACCUGGGUAUAACAGAUGGAGGCAAAGAUCUUUGUCGACGCUUACUCGAGGCAGAGCAAACGAUCCCAAAAGAUUCGCUAUUUAGAGAUGAUAUAUUUGAUGAACUUUGUGAAAUGAUACGGAACCGAAACGAAGCAAGGGUUAUUCAAGAUGUUACUCGGCUUAUUGUCCCUUCUGCACAAACUCUAGCCGUAUAUGGCGCAAGACAUCUCAAGAUCCUGGUUGAAAGCGUCAAUGAAUGCUGGGAUAACUCAGUUUCCAUAACUAAACCGCGUCCGCAACCUGAUUAUUCUGUGGGUUUUGGGCGUGAAGCAUUCACGGAUGGCCAGCUGCAGAGAUUUCAGCCUUUCGUUGGUGAUCUGACUGACACAUCAUACUUUAUGGCGACAUACUACCUGUACUUCCCAUUCUUAACAUGUGAAGUUAAGUGUGGCGCAGCGGCACUCGAUAUCGCAGAUCGACAGAAUGCCCACAGCGCCACUAUUGCAGUGAGAGCUACCGUUGAGCUAUUCAAGCUUGUGAAGCAUGAAAAAGAGGUCGACCGAGAGAUACUCGCCUUCUCAAUCUCGCAUGACCAUACGGCAGUGAGGAUCUACGGUCACUAUGCUGUUCUUGAAGGAGACAAGACAAAUUUCUACCGCCACCCAAUCCACAAGUUCGAUUUUACCGCUCUGGAUGGCAAAGAGAAAUGGACAGCGUACAAAUUCACGAGGAAUGUCUAUGAUAUAUGGAUGCCAACUCAUUUUAAAAGAAUAUGCUCCGCAAUUGAUCAGAUACCCCCUGACGUGGAUUUUGACAUCUCGCAGUCGGAAUUUUAA